AUGUGUAGAACUAUAGGUCUUAUCAUUAGCUCAUUAGCCUUCACUGUACUCUACGAAGCACGUUAUGCAGUCUCCACGGUCUUAGAAGCCGAAUCCGGCCAGCCGGAGCUGCAAAGUGAACUGCCGUUUCACGUAGAGGGCGAUGAUUCAGAUGAACUGGCCGAUGCCGUGGCAGAGGACCCAUUCGAUGAUGGAGUGGAGAAGAUGCUUGAAGUCGAUUCAAACGACGAUGAAUUUGACAAGGGUACCCCGGGGAUAGAUUUUCUGGGCAUCGGGUACGAUUCAAUCUUUGGGAGCACCCUUGGGGAUGAGGAUUCUCUGCUAGAUCCCGGGUACAGGGCGCCUAUAAUCAACUUCAGCUGGAGGAAGAACGCGGAGGGUUACUCACCUUCACUCAAGGCGGUAUACCCCCUGCACGGCUGGGUCAGGCCGGUAUACUCAUGCGGGCGCUCAUCAAAGAUACAGGAGAUACAGAACGUCGACGAACUCAAAAAGGCGUUCUCGGCCUCCGCAGAGCUUAAAGGAGAAGUACCAACAGCAUCUUUUUCCGCAUCGGCCAAGUACAAAAAGGAGGCGGCGAACAUCGCGCACAAAAGAGAGCGCAUCUACCUACACAGCGACAUCUGUAUACGUUAUCAGGCAGGUAUACCGCUCAACAUACCGUGGGAAACGACUGGAGAGUUCAAAGAGGCUGUCGACGCCUUACAACCACUAGAUAAUGCAGUCAAAUACCUAUGCUCAAUAAAUGACAUCCGGGAAAACGCAACCAAGGAAGAUUGCGCCGCACUCAAGCGAUGGAUCAACUUCUUCCAAAUAUUCGGCACCCACUACGUGCACCAGCUUUUGCUAGGCGGGAAACUUGUGCAAACUCUGAAAUUCGAUGCUUCGGCACUGGAAAACCUAAAAUCUUCGGGCAUUGACGUCAACCUUGCUAUCGCAUCCAGCAUUGGAUCUGUAAACGCAAGUGUGGAAGGGCGUAGAGCUGCAGAAACGGCCAAAAUCGACGAAUUGGGGUCGAAGACUAUCACGGUAAUAGGAGGGCAAAUGCCUAACUUGCCCAUCACAGAUGAAGAAUAUGCUACCUGGGGAAACUCGGUGGCGGAGAACCCAAUGCCAAUUGGAAUGUCAGCCGAGAGCAUAAAACGACUUCUUAAAACGGAGUUGAAGGAUUCGUAUACUCUAGCAUUAAAUAAGUACGCAGAGCUCAAUGGAAUCACAUAUGAAAUGCUUAAUAAAAUUGCGGGCAACCAUGGUGGCCUUGUGAGGGAGAUUAAAAAUGGGCAACCCACGAUCUCUUUCAACAAUGAUGGUAACGCAGCAAAGUGCAGUAAGGGCCAAAAUGUACUAUUUGGAUUCUCAUUGCUGUUCGACAAAGAAGAAACGAUAGCAGGGUUGAUACCAUGUAAAACGGGAGCACAACAGUGUAAUGUGCCAAUGAACAAGGUUGACAUACGUUCGGUGUCUUGGGCAAUAUGCACCGCGGGGCUCCAGCCUAACAUCAGUCAAGUAUCUGACAUGACGAGUCGACAUAGUGUUAGUUUCAAUGCGAAUUUAACGUUCUCAUGGAAAGAGAACUACGGUCUUUCUGUUUUUAAUUCAUGCGCAAUGCAGAGAACGGCCACAUCCUCGUGUCCACACGGAUCGUUUGUCCAGUUUGGUAUUGCAAUUCGUGGAAGAAGGGGCACACUGAUAUUAAUAAAUGAAUGCAAAAAAGGUAACAAUGGUCUGAAAUCCUGCAAAUCAGAAUCGGGACAUGGGGAAACCGCUGCUACCUGGAUCGUUUGUUCACCAGACGCAGAAAAGUCUACAAAGGUUAAGUUGUUGACGGAAAUCGUCAAGGGAAGCAAAAAAGUGGAAUGUGAAAAGGAUGAGGUCGUCAUUGGGGGUAAGAAGAAUGAAUUGUGCGCGAUGGUUGUAGGCGCCACUGUCAUUAUAAAAAAUGACACGAACUCCGCUUCAAAAUCGCCACGUAACAUGAAGAUUGACGUUUGUGAACAGUACCUCAAUUACUGCAAAAUCGAAUGCGAAAAUGACUGCCAUCAAGCCCUUGCCGUGGUCAUGUGCGCUAGUACUUACAAACAAAGCAACUAA